GUAAGUCUAAACUUCAAAAAAGUAAAAACAAACACGAAUCGCGCUCGUUUCUCUCUCUAAAACAAAAUAAUAAUAAUAAUAAUAAAAAAAGAACAAUCGUAAAUGUAACGUAAAAUUAGAAAUUACUUCCGAUCGAAAUUAUUAUUAUCUUUUGUUUGAUAAUUCAUUUUCUUGAAUAUUCUCGCCGAUCAAAAAGGAAAUCCAUGUUGAAUACUACUGUUACAGUAUCACUACCGCUACUAUCGCGUGAGCAGAUGAUCGUCAUCGCCUAAUCAAUCGACGGUCACCGGCGAACGGAAAGAUGUUGGAGGAUCAGGUGGCGUAUCUGUUGCAGAGAUACUUAGGGAACUAUGUUCGAGGUCUUAAUAAAGAAGCUCUCAAAAUCAGUGUCUGGCAAGGUGAUGUUGAGCUAACAAAUAUGCAACUGAAGCCGGAGGCACUUAAUGCAUUACAGUUACCUGUGAAGGUUAAAGCAGGAUUUCUUGGAUCAGUAAAGCUUAAGGUUCCAUGGAGUAGGCUUGGCCAAGAUCCUGUUUUAGUUUCCCUAGAUCGAAUUUUCCUAUUAGCAGAACCUGCAACCCAAGUGGAGGGGCGCAGUGAAGAUGCAGUCCAAGAAGCAAAGAAAAACCGAGUACGGGAAAUGGAGAUGAAGUUGUUGGAGAGGGCACAUCAAUUGAAGUCAGAAUUGAAUACAUCGUGGAUGGGAUCCCUUGUCAACACUAUAAUUGGGAAUUUGAAGCUUUCAAUUUCAAAUAUCCAUAUUAGAUAUGAGGAUCUGGAGAGCAAUCCCGGUCACCCCUUUGCAACGGGUUUAACUUUGGGGAAACUCUCAGCCGUGACAGUUGAUGAUAAUGGGAUGGAAACUUUUGUAACUGGUGGUACACUAGAUCGUAUUCAGAAGUCUGCUGAACUCGAUCAACUUGCGGUGUAUCUGGACUCUGAUAUAUCACCAUGGCAUGUUGAUAAACCAUGGGAGGACUUGCUCCCCUCAGAGUGGGUUCAGGUUUUCAAGUUUGGAACAAAUAAUGGUAAACCAGCUGAUCAUAUAAUGAAAAAGCACUCAUACAUUCUGCAGCCGGUGACUGGGAAUGCAAAGUACUCAAAGUUGCGGUCGAAUGAAUAUGCUAAUGGUGAUCAACCUGCUGGUCAACCUCUGCAGAAAGCAGCAGUGAACUUAAAUGACGUGACACUGUCUUUGUCAAAGAAUGGAUACAGGGAUAUCUUAAAAUUAGCCGAUAAUUUUGCUGCAUUUAACCAACGAUUAAAAUAUGCACAUUAUCGUCCAGUUGUGUCGGUAAAAGCUAAUCCACGAUUGUGGUGGAAGUAUGCCUUCAGAGUUGUUUCUGACCAUACGAAGAAGGGAAGUGGGACUUUAUCCUGGGAGCAGUUGCUGAGGGAUGCAAGGUUACGCAAGAAAUAUAUAUCUUUGUAUGCCUCUUUGCUGAAGUCUGAUCCAAACCGGUCUGUAAUUGAUGACAAUAAUGAGAUUGAGGAGUUGGAUCAUGAACUUGAUAUUGAACUCAUACUACAGUGGAGGAUGCUGGCUCACAAGUUUGUGGAGCAAUCAAUAGAAUCAGAGCUUCACUCAGGGAAGCAGAAAGCUCAAAAAUCGUGGUGGUCACUUGGAUGGGGCAAUCAAUCUCUUAAAGAUGAAAGUGAAGAGUUUCACUUCACCGAUGAGGACUGGGAACAGUUAAACAAAUUGAUAGGUUAUAAGGAAGAUAAUGAUGAUCACUCGAUGCUAUUCAACCAGAAAAUGGAUGCUCUUCAUACUCAUUUGGAGGUUCACAUGCAACAUAAUGCUUCAAAGCUCGUUGAUGAGUUCCAUGAGUCUCUUGCUGAGCUAUCAUGUGACGGUCUUGAUUGCUCCAUUAAGCUUUAUCCAGAAACUAAGGUUUUUGACAUGAAACUAGGGUCAUAUAGGUUAUCCUCACCACAUGGUCUCCUUGCUGAGAGUGCAAGUUCUUUGGAUUCUUUAACUGGCGUCUUUUGCUAUAAGCCUUUUGAUGCUAAGGUGGACUGGAGCAUGGUUGUCAAAGCUUCUCCAUGCUACAUGACUUAUUUGAAGAAUUCCAUUGAUGAAAUCAUCAAUUUUUUUGAAAGCAACCACGCUGUUAGUACGACUAUUGCUCUGGAAACAGCUGCUGCUGUGCAGAUGACGAUUGAUGGAGUCAAGCGCACAGCUCAACAACAAGUGAACAGAGCAUUGAAAGAUCAAUCAAGGUUUCUGUUGGAUUUGGAUAUUGCGGCUCCAAAGAUCACAAUUCCUACCGAAUUUCGUGCUAACAACGUUCAUUCAACAAAACUUAUGCUAGACUUGGGAAAUUUGGUUAUACGCUCACAGGAUGACUGCGGAAAGAGAUCAUCAGAGGUGCUUGACCUGUAUUUGCAGUUUGAUUUAGUUUUGAGUGAUGUUUGUGCUUUUUUGGUUGAUGGUGAUUACCACUGGAGUCAAACGUCUUUGCAUCAUUCUACCGAUUCUGGACAAUUAAGUGAUAUUAGCUUCUUGCCUGUUAUUGAUAAGUGUGGGGUAAUCUUAAGGCUACAACAGAUUCGACUAGAAAACCCAGCCUAUCCUUCAACAAGACUUUCUGUGCGAUUGCCUUCAUUAAGGUUUCACUUUUCUCCUGCACGAUAUCAUCGAUUGAUGCAAGUAGUAAAGAUCUUUCAGGUUGAAGAUGCUGAAAAUGUAAAUUUUAGUCGACCUUGGGAUCAAGCAGAUUUUGAGGGGUGGUUGCUGCUUCUUAUACGAAAGGGGAUGGGAAAUAGGGAAGCUGUGUGGCAGUGUCGCUAUCUAUGCUUAGUUGGGCCUUUUCUUUAUAUACUGGAAACUCCUGGUUCUAGAUCUUACAAACAGUAUAUCAGCUUACGGGGAAAACAAAUACAUCUAGUUCCAGAAGAAUUGCUUGGUGGUGUGCAACAUGUAUUGUCUAUCUCUGAUGCUGGCCGUUCCAUUAAGAAGGCUGUAGAAGAUGCAAAUGCAUUAAUAUUGCGGUGUGAUUCUGAUGAUCUGCGGCGAAGUUGGCAAAGCCGCUUGCAGGGGGCCAUAUACCGUGCUUCAGGUUCUGCACCUAUUACUAGUCUUUCGGAAACUUCAUUGGAUGCUGAUGAGUCAGAAAUGGAACUGAAUGACGAAAUUAACAGUUAUAAUGCAUUGAGAAUGGAACGUGUUUUUCUAACUGGGGUUCUUGAUGAACUAAAGAUCUGUGUCAACUACAGUAACCAGCAUGAACUGAGUUUUCUAAAGGUCCUUCUUGCAGAAGAGAAUCCUUUAUUUGAAUUUCGAGCAGUUGGUGGCCAGGUUGAGCUGUCAAUUAGAGCAAAUGACAUGUUUAUUGGCACUGUUCUGAAAUCAUUGGAGAUUGAAGAUUUAAUUUCUAGAAGCAUUAUUUCUCGUCCAACUUUCCUGGCAAGAUCAUUCAUACGAAGCGAAGAUGAGAGUUCAUCUCUUGAUGAGCCACAAAACCUUGACAACAGUAUGCCGACUCCUAGAGAAGGCGAGGAUGAGUUCUACGAGGCAUCAGAAAAUUUGGUUGAUCCUGAGUAUUUGAGUUCCCAAAGUUCACUUCCAUUUGAAAUUCCAUUGUUGAAGCCUCCUGUUUUUGUUCGAAUUCCUGGUUUAUUACCUGGUGAUACUGCUCAAAACAGGACGGAGGGCAUUGAACCAACUAAUACCUUGGACACUUUUGUGAAAGCUCAGAUAGUUAUCUAUGACCGGAACUCAUCUCUGUACAAUAACAUUGAUAUGCAGGUUUCAGUGACACUAGCUACAUUGUCAUUUUUCUGCCGUAGACCCACAAUUCUCGCCAUUAUGGAGUUUGUGGAUUCUAUCAAUGCUGAUGAUGGAACUAGUGAAUCUCUUGGUGAUAAUAAUUCACCAGCAGUGGUUAAUUUUGCAGAAAAUGUUGGUGAUGGAAAUGUAGCGACCAGUGAGGACCCUGUUGUUAAGGGUUUGCUAGGAAAGGGAAAAUCUCGAAUUAUCUUCAAUCUAAUAUUGAAUAUGACUCGUGCUCAAAUUUUUUUAAUGAAUGAAAAUGAAAUGAAGCUAGCAUCAUUAUUACAAGAAAAUUUACUUACAGAUAUCAAGGUCUUUCCAAGCUCUUUUAGUAUAAAGGCAGCUCUUGGAAAUCUAAGAAUAAGUGAUGAGAGUCUUCCUACGCAUCAUGCUUAUUUCUGGAUAUGUGAUAUGAGAAAUCCUGGGGGAAGCUCUUUUGUCCAGCUGGUUUUUACAUCUUUCAGUACUGGUGAUGAAGAUUAUGAAGGUUAUGAAUAUAGCCUUCUCGGACAGCUUUCGGAAGUUCGGAUUGUUUAUUUGAACCGUUUUGUACAGGAGAUUGUUAGUUACUUUAUGGGUCUUGUUCCCAACAACCCAAAGGGUGUUAUUAAGUUGAAAGAUCAGAUGACAAAUUCUGAGAAGUCAUUUACUACAAGUGAAAUUGAAGGUUUACCUGCUCUGAAGUUGGAUCUGUCACUUAGUAAGCCAAUAAUAUUGAUGCCUAGGAGAACAGACAGUCCUGAUUAUUUGAAGCUUGAUGUGGUUCACAUAACCAUACAGAACACAUUUCAUUGGUUUCAAGGUGGCAAAAAUGACAUUAAUGCUAUCCACUUGGAAAUAUUAAUGAUUCAGGUUGAUGAUAUCAAUUUAAAUGUUGGUUCUGGACUGGAAUUGGGUGAAAGUAUAAUUAAAGAUGUCAAAGGGGUUUCCAUUGGCAUUCGGAGGUCACUUCGAGACUUACUGCAUCAAAUACCAAGUGUUGAAGCUUCAGUCAAGAUAGAAGAGUUGAAAGCAUCUCUAUCAAAUAGGGAGUACCAGAUUAUUACCGACUGUUCCCAAUCUAAUAUAUCCGAGACUCCACGUGUAAUUCCCCCGCUGAACCAUGAUUCUGUGGCAUCCUCUGUUGAUAUGAUAGAAGCUGUUGACUUUCAGAAUGAAGUUAGUGUUGAAUCUGAGGUCCAGAAUGGGGAGGCAUGGAUUUCAAUGAAAGUUUCUGUUCUUAUUAAUCUAGUUGAGUUGAGCCUACAUAGUGGAGUAACCAGAGAUGCAUCUUUGGCCACAUUACAGAUUGCUGGUGCCUGGCUUCUCUACAAGUCUAAUAAUCUCGGGGAAGGCUUUCUCUCAGCAACACUUAAAAGCUUUACUGUGAUUGAUGAUCGGGAGGGAACAAAAGAAGAAUUUAGAUUGGCAAUAGGAAAUCCUGAGAAUAAUGGUUAUGGCCCUUAUGGCUCUCUAGCUGAUGAUGAAAACCGUCAGUUGCAUGACAGCAAGAUCAAACCAACCCCUACAAUGCUUAUGCUUGAUGCCAAAUUUGGUCAGCGCUCAACAUUGAUUUCCAUCUGUCUUCAACGGCCACAACUGCUUGUUGCACUUGAUUUCCUUUUGCCUGUUGCUGAGUUUUUCAUUCCUACACUUGGUAAUACAAUGCCGAAUGAGGAAAAUAAGAACCCUUUUAAUGUGGUUAAUCCACUUAUUUUGGACAACUCCUUAUAUAGGCAAAUUUCCGUCGAAACCUCUCUUUCUCCAUUAAGACCACUAAUUGUUGACAAUGAAAGAUUUGACCAUUUUAUCUAUGAUGGCCAAGGUGGAACAUUGCUUUUAAGAGAUAAACAGGGACAUAAUUUGUUUGCCCCUAGCAAGGAAGCUGUCAUAUAUGUUGGAAGUGGGAAAAAGUUGCAAUUCAAAAAUGUUAUCAUCAAGAAUGGGAAAUAUUUGGAUUCUUGUAUUUCAUUGGGAAGCAAUAGCAGUUACCUUGCUUCAAGGGUUGAUCAGGUCCAUCUGGAGAAAGAUGAUGAAACUUCAUAUUCGGAAUCCUCUGGAGAAAGCGAAGGCAAUAUACUAGCUCAAAAUGCUGCUGCUGACCGAUCCACAGAAUUCAUCAUUGAGUUUCAGGCUAUCGGCCCAGAACUUACUUUUUAUAAUACAUCCCGAGAUGUGGGAAUGUCACCGACCAUUUCUAAUAAACUCUUACAUGCACAAUUGGAUGCUUUUGCUAGGCUUGUAUUGAAGGGUGACACUGUGGAAAUGACCGCAAAUUCUUUUGGUUUAAUGAUGGAGAGCAAUGGAGUCAGGAUUUUAGAGCCUUUUGAUACCUCUGUAAAUUAUUCAAAUGCUUCGGGGAAGACUAAUGUACAUAUAUCUGUUUCAAAUAUAUUCAUGAACUUUACAUUUAGCAUCUUGAGACUGUUCUUAGCAGUUGAAGAAGACAUUUUGGCAUUUCUGAGGAUGACCUCAAAGCAGAUAACAAUAAUGUGCUCUGAGUUUGACAAAGUUGGAACUAUAAGAAAUCCAAGCAGCGAUCAAAUAUAUGCCUUUUGGAGGCCUCGUGCACCGCCUGGUUUUGCGGUUCUUGGUGACUAUUUGACUCCAUUGGAUAAGCCACCGACAAAAGGAGUUCUUGCUGUGAAUAUGAAUUUUGCAAGAGUGAAAAGGCCUAUAUCCUUCAAACUAAUUUGGCCCCCAUCUUCCAAGGAAAUGUAUGAUCAAGGCGUGAUCCGCUCUGGCUCUAUACCAAAUUCCCACAAAGUAGACGACAGUUGCACCAUUUGGUUUCCUGAAGCACCCAAAGGUUAUGUUGCGUUGGGCUGCAUUGUGUCUACAGGAAGAACACAACCACCUCUAACCUCUGCCUUUUGCAUUUUGGCCUCUCUGGUUUCUCCGUGUCCUUUGAGGGACUGUAUCACCAUAUUCUCGACCAAUGAAUAUCCAUCAACUUCAGCCUUCUGGCGUGUGGAAAAUUCUUUCAGUACUUUCUUGCCAGCAGACUCAUCAACGCUUAACUUACUUGGUGGAGCUUAUGAAUUGCGCCAUAUAAAAUUUGGGCUUCUAGAUUUUUCUCCUAUGGCUUCUAAAAGUUCAGAUGUUGAAACUUCAUCUUGUCAUGCUAAUGAACUGCAAUCAAAAAAUUCAACCUCUAUAAACUCUGGCCGACGCUUUGAAGCUGUCGCUAGUUUCCAGUUGAUAUGGUGGAAUCGGGCUUCAAACUCAAGGAAGAAACUAUCAAUAUGGCGUCCAGUUGUCCCUCAGGGGAUGGUGUUUUUUGGUGAUAUUGCUGUUAAAGGGUAUGAGCCUCCUAAUACUUGUGUUGUCCUUCAUGAUACUGGGGAUCAAGAGCUUUUCAAAGCACCUUUAGAUUAUCAACUUGUUGGGCAGGUUAAGAAAAAGAGGGGAAUGGAUAGCAUUUCUUUCUGGAUUCUUCAAGCACCCCCGGGAUUUGUGUCGUUGGGAUGCAUUGCAUGUAAGGGCUCUCCAAAAUUAUAUGAUUUCAGCAAACUGAGAUGCAUGCGGAGUGACAUGGUUGCUGGAGAUCAGUUCUUAGAGGAAAGUGUAUGGGAUACAUCUGAGACCAAGGCUACAGGAGAAUCAUUUAGCAUAUGGACAGCUGGUAAUGAACUUGGAACAUUUAUUGCUCGCAGCGGUUUCAAGAAACCUCCAAGACGAUUUGCUCUAAGGUUGGCAGAUCCUACCUCACCUAGUGGUUCAGAUGAUAUUGUCAUUGAUGCGGAGAUAGGAACCUUUUCUGCAGCGAUUUUUGACGAUUACGGUGGAUUGAUGGUUCCACUGUUCAAUCUAUCCUUAAGUGGAAUAGGGUUCAAUUUGCAUGGAAGAACUGAUUACUUGAACUCCACUGUUGGCUUCUCUUUAGCUGCAAGAUCAUAUAAUGAUAAGUAUGAAUCAUGGGAACCACUUGUGGAGCCAGUUGAUGGAUUCUUAAGAUACCAAUAUGAUCUCAACGCCCCAGGGGCAGCUUCACAGCUACGCUUGACCUCAACACGGGAUCUGAACGUGAAUGUUACUGUGUCUAAUGUUAAUAUGAUUAUUCAAGCUUAUGCCAGCUGGAAUAAUCUUAGUCAUGCGCCUGAAUAUUACAAAGACAGAGAAGAGUUUCCUCCAAAUUAUGGUGCCAGAUCUGUGAUUGACAUCCACCAGAAGAAAAAUUAUUUUAUAGUCCCACAAAAUAAGCUUGGUCAGGACAUUUUUAUUCGGCCAACUGAAAUCAGGGGUCUAUCAAAUGUAAUAAGAAUGCCAUCUGGGGAUAUGAAAUCUUUGAAAGUUCCCGUUUCAAAAAAUAUGCUGGAGUCUCACUUGAAAGGAAAUAUUUGUGCUAAAGUUAGAAGAAUGGUCACCGUUGUCAUAGUUGGCGCGCAGUUCCCAGUGAUUGCAGGGUUGACUUCAAAUGUCUACACUGUAGCAAUCCGUCUAACUUUAAAGCAGGAUAUGGGUGGUGAAUCAUGGUAUCAUCAACAAAGUGCACGCACAAGUGGAAGCAUCUCAAACUUUUCUUCUUCGGAGCAUGAAAUGGUGAACUGGAACGAAAUAUUCUUUUUUAAAGUUGACUGCCUGGACAAUUACUUGCUGGAACUUAUUGUGACUGAUAUGGGAAAAGGUGAUCCUGUUGGAUUCUUUUCAGCUCCUUUAAAUUUGAUCGCAGUCGACAUCCAAGACAGCUUAAAUGAGUCUGAUUAUCAGAACUACUUGACCUGGAUAGACUUAUCCCCUGCAAAACAUAUGGCCGAGGAUCAUGGAGAUAAGUGCAAUAAAGCAUCCGCCAGGAUAAGAUGUUCUGUUUUCUUAUCACCUGGAUCUGAAGUUGAGGACAGAGAUGAUUAUUCCAUUGGUGGAAGAAAACCUGGAUUUCUUCAGAUAAGUCCAAGCAAGGAAGGGCCUUGGAGUACUGUUAGAUUAAAUUAUGCUGCACCUGCUGCUUGCUGGCGACUAGGCAAUGAUGUUGUUGCCAGUGAAGUAAGUGUAAAGGAUGGCAACAGAUAUGUGACCAUAAGGUCUCUGGUCUCAAUACUUAACAAUACGGAUUUUGUACUUGAUUUGCAUCUUGUGUCCAAAGCUUCCAGAGACACAAAUAAAUCUGAAGAUUUACACAGUGAUGGUACUCAGACAGAUGAGUUCUUUGAAACUGAAAUCUACAAACCAAAUGCUGGUUGGGUUGGCUGCUCAAAUUACCCUGAUGGUGGAAGUCUCUGUGAGACUCAUUUUGGAGCGGAGCUGCCUUCAGGCUGGGAAUGGGUUGAUGAUUGGCAUUUGGACACAUCAUCUGUCAGCACUUCUGAAGGUUGGGCUUAUUCUCCAGAUAUUGAAACCCUAAAGUGGCCCGAGUCUUUUGAUCUUGUGAAGUUUGAGAAUCAUGCUAGGCAAAGGAGAUGGAUCAGGAAUCGAAGGCAUAUCAUUAGGGAGAUAAAGCAAGAGAUACCUGUUGGAUCAAUUAGACCUGGAGAUUGUGUACAUCUUCCUUUAUCAAGCUUAGCACAAUUUGGAAUGUACGUCUUGCAAUUAAGACCUUCAAGUCUUAAUACUUCUGAUAGUUAUUGCUGGAGUUCCGUGGUAGAGAGGCCUGGUCAAGCUGAGCAAAAUGGUAAACAGGAAGGUUCUGGAAUAUGCAUAUCCAAUCUCACAGAGUCUGAGGAACUAUUAUACUGCACCCGGAUAACUGGUACCUCUUCAAAUGGUUCAAACAGAAUGUGGUUUUGUGUAAGCAUACAAGCCACUGAAAUUGCAAAAGACCUUCAUUUGGAUCCUAUUCAGGAUUGGAGUCUUGUUGUUAAAUCACCAUUAUCUAUCAGCAAUUAUCUUCCUCUUGGCGCUGAAUACUCCGUUCUUGAAAUGCAAGCUACUGGUCAUUUUGUUGCCUGUGCUCGGGGGAUAUUUGCUCCAGGAAAAACUGUGAAGAUUCACGCUGCCAACAUAGGAAAGCCUUUGUUCCUUUCACUGCUUCCACAGAGGGGGUGGCUUCCAAUACAGGAAGCUGUUCUUAUAUGUCAUCCUAAUGGACUUCCAUCUAAAACACUAAGCUUAAGAAGUUCAAUUUCUGGAAGGAUUGUUCAACUCCUCCUUGAACAAAAUUAUGACAAGGAACGACCACCACUGGCAAAGAUAAUUAGAGUCUAUGCCCCUUAUUGGUUUGCAAUUGCCAGAUGCCCUCCACUUACAUAUAGACUUGUAGAUCUGGCAGGGAAAAAAUAUGUUCGGAAGAUAGCUCUUCCAUUUGACUCCAAAAAGAGCAAUGAAGUAAUUCUUGAGGAAAUUACUGAAGAAGAAAUAUUUGAAGGCCAUACAAUUGCUUCCGCUUUAAACUUCAACAUGUUGGGCCUCUCGGUAUCAAUUGCUCAAAGUGGCCAAGACCAGCAAUUUGGGCCUACUACAGAUCUUUCUCCUCUUGGUGACAUGGAUGGAUCACUGGAUCUCUAUGCUUAUGAUGCUGAUGGUAAUUGCAUAAGGCUAUUUGUUUCUGCAAAACCAAGUUUCUACCCAUCUGUCCCCACUAAGGUAAUUUCUGUAAGACCAUUCAUGACUUUUACAAACAGACUCGGUCAAGAUAUAUAUGUCAAGUUAAGCAGUUGUGAUGAGCCAAAAAUUCUUCGUGCAUAUGAUUCAAGAACCUCCUUUGUGUAUCACAAAGAAAGUGAAACGGAUAAACUUCAGGUUCGAUUAGAAGAUACAGAAUGGUCAUAUCCUGUUCAAAUUACAAAAGAGGACACCAUCUUUCUGGUUUUGAAAAGAUCAAAUAGUAGUCGAUAUAUUUUGAGGACAGAAAUAAGAGGCUUUGAAGAAGGAUCGCGUUUUAUAGUUGUAUUCCGCCUUGGAUUAACUGAUGGUCCUUUCAGGAUUGAGAACAGAAUGCCGAGCAAGACGAUCAGCAUUCGUCAAACUGGAUUUGAUAAUGGUGCAUGGAUUACGUUGGAACCAUUGUCAACAACAAACUUUUCUUGGGAUGAUCCAUAUGGUCAAAAAUUCAUUGAUGCUAAAAUAGAUUGUGGUGGUAGAAUUUCUGUGUGGAAAUUUGACCUGGAAAGGCCUGGGAUCUCUUCUGUAGAGAGUGGUGAAACAGCAUUGCAGUUCCAUGUUGUAGAUUUAGGGGAUAUCAAAAUUGCUAAGUUUAGAGAUGAUAUGGGUUCAACACCACAUGGAGAAAGCACAUCUUCGUCACCUGCCAGCUAUAGGGAAAAUUCCAACAGGCAGAUUGAGAUGCAUAAUGACAUCACACCUAUGGAGCUUAUAGUCGAACUGGGGGUGGUUGGGAUAUCUGUUGUGGAUCAUAGACCAAAAGAACUCUCUUACUUGUACUUGGAAAGAGUUUUCAUGUCAUUCUCUACCGGGUAUGAUGGUGGAACAACAAGCAGGUUCAAGGUCAUACUAGGUCAUUUGCAGCUCGACAAUCAGCUUCCUCUUUCCUUGUUGCCAGUGCUUUUGGCGCCUGAGCAGACCACUGAUAUUAACAAUCCAGUUUUUAAAAUGACUAUAACACAAUGCUCUGAAAACACUGGUGGUAUCCAAGUCUAUCCGUAUGUAUAUAUACGGGUAACCGAAAAGCUUUGGAGGCUUAAUAUCCAUGAACCCAUCAUCUGGUCAUUUGUUGAUUUUUACAACAAUCUUCAGCUUGAUCGUCUCCCCCAAAGUUCCAAUGUCACACAAGUUGAUCCGGAGAUAUGUGUGCAGCUGAUAGAUGUUUCAGAAGUAAGGUUGAAGGUGUCGUUGGAGACAGCACCAACUCAGAGACCUCAUGGCUUUCUAGGUGUAUGGAGUCCUAUUCUCUCUGCUGUUGGAAAUGCAUUUAAAAUUCAGGUGCAUCUGAGAAGAGUAAUGCACAGAGACAGAUUCAUGCGAAAGAGUUCUAUUGUUCCUGCCAUCACAAACCGAAUUUGGAGAGAUUUGAUCCAUAAUCCUCUGCAUCUACUAUUUUCUGUAGAUGUACUUGGUAUGACAAGCUCAACAUUGGCUUCUCUCAGUAAAGGGUUUGCUGAACUUUCAACUGAUGGACAGUUUCUGCAAUUACGUUCUAAACAGGUGGGAUCAAGAAGAAUCAGUGGAGUACGUGAUGGAUUUAUUCAAGGAACGGAGGCUCUGGCACAAGGCUUUGCCUUUGGGGUAUCUGGAGUGGUGACAAAACCUGUGGAGAGUGCCAGAGAAAAUGGUCUCUUCGGACUUGCUCAUGGGAUUGGGCGUGCAUUCUUAGGAUUUAUUGUACAGCCAGUUAGUGGAGCUUUAGAUUUUUUCUCAUUAACAGUUGAUGGGAUUGGUGCAAGUUGUUCCAAGUGCUUAGAGGUUCUCAAUAAUAAAUCCUCCUCCCAGAGAAUUAGAAACCCUCGGGCUAUUCAUGCUGAUUGUAUACUCAGGGAGUAUUCUGAGAGAGAAGCUGUUGGCCAGAUGGUACUUUAUCUUGCAGAAGCAAGUCGUCGUUUUGGCUGUACUGAAAUUUUUAAGGAGCCCUCUAAAUUUGCAUGGUCUGAUUGCUUCGAAGAAUUUUUUAUUGUGCCUUAUCAGAGGAUUGUGUUAGUGAGCAAUAAACGCAUCAUGCUGCUACAGUGCCCUGCUCCAGACAAGAUGGACAAGAGACCUUGCAAGAUUAUGUGGGAUGUUCCAUGGGAAGAGCUCAUAGCCCUGGAGCUGGCAAAAGCAGGCUGCCUUCAACCUUCUCACUUACUCCUCCAUCUCAAGAAUUAUAGAAGAUCAGAGAGUUUUGUUCGGGUAAUAAAAUGCAAUGUUGCAGAAGAAUCAGAUGAAACUGAACCUCAAGCAGUUAGGAUAUGUUCUGUGGUCCGUAGGGUGUGGAAACAGUUCCAAUCUGAUAUGAAGAAUGUAAUUCUAAAGGUUCCUUCAAGUCAGAGACAUGUCUACUUUUCUUCGGGUGAAUCUGAUGGCGGAGAGCCACGUACCCUUUCUAAAGCAAUCAUCGAAUCAAGAGAGCUAUCUUCAUCAAGUGUUACAUCUGAUGAAGGAAAAUUUGUGAGACACAGUAUCAACUUUUUGAAGAUCUGGAGCAGUGAACGGCAAUUCAAAAGUCGAUGUAAAUUGUGUAAGAACCAGGUUGUCGGUGAUGACAGCAUAUGUAGCAUCUGGAGACCCAUUUGCCCAAAUGGGUACAUCUCGAUUGGAGACAUAGCUCAUGUAGGCAGCCAUCCUCCAAAUGUUGCUGCUCUUUAUCGUAAAGUUGAUGGAUUGUGUGCACUUCCAAUUGGUUAUGACUUGGUAUGGAGGAAUUGCUUGGAUGAUUAUAAAUCUGCAGUAUCAAUUUGGCAUCCGAGGGCUCCUGACGGAUUUGUGUCUCCUGGAUGUGUUGCUGUGGCUGGUUUUGAAGAACCAGGACCUUACAUAGUACAGUGCAUAGCAGAAUCACAGGUAGAACAAACUGAAUUCGAAGAGCAAAAGGUAUGGUCAUCUUCCGAUUCAUACCCAUGGGCUUGUCAUAUUUAUCAAGUGAAAAGCGAUGCUCUUCACUUUGUUGCCUUAAGGCAAGUGAAAGAAGAAUCUAACUGGAAGCCAAUGAGAGUUAUUGAUGAUCCUUACCCUCUGGUGCAAUCUACAUAAGCUCAGUAAGUAAAUUUCUUUAUGUUUUUGAUUUGAUUGCCACUCUGGAAGGAAAAUUACAUAACCUUGUAUAAUAGAUUUUCCUAUAAAGUGGGGUUUUUCGGUUGCCCCUUUUCGGUUCAGUGAUAUACGAAAAGAGAAUACUACAAUUAUAGCAUAGGCGUGUAAAAAUUUAUUUUCAUAUCUCAAAUAAAAGGAAAAGCAACAAUUAUUUCA